UAGAUAAGUGGCAGAGAAGAAUCUUAAGCCUGCAACAAAAUCUCACAUACUUUUAUUCUCUACUAAACUGUUUACCAGAUGUUGAGAUACUAAACCUUUCAUUUUUCUUUCUUUUUUUUAAUGGAGGUACUGGGGAUGGAACCUGGGACCUCAUGCAUGCUAAGCGUGCACUCUACACUGAGCUAUAUCCUCCCCCCAUCUUCCUUCCAUUUGGGGUCCAACAUACAUUCUUCUAAUUGUGCAAAAGAAUCACCUGAUGCCCUUGAUUAGAAUGCAGAUUCCUAGGUCUCCACCUCAUAGAAGUCUGGACUGUGGUGGUGUUUGUGGGGUGCUAUAUAACCAGCAUCCUACAUAAUUCAAUUGAAAUGGUCUGACAUGUGAAAUUAAAGCUACCCAAAUGAGAACAAACAGAUGAUAUUUAUUCAGAUCUUGCUACAGCAAGAGAGUGAGCCACUAUCACUUGCCUUUGGCAUAGACUCAAAGGCAGGUAGGGAAGUGGGAAAGCUUUAUAAAAGUGGGAAAAGUGGGAAGGGGUUGUUGGCUUGGGAAAGCUGGAGUCCAGCUACUAGAAUCAGGGGAUGUUUUAUGUGAUUGCUUUGGGAAGCAUAUUUGGCAUUCUCUGAUUGGUCCCAAGUUGGAAGCAGGGGUAAAAGUAAGGAAGUUGGCAGUCUCUGACUGUUCUGGUCCAAUUGCUGCAGAAGUUGUGGUUUGGCUUUCUGGGCUUCUUGUGUGGUUCAGAGUUCUGUUGUUAUAUACAGUCUGGCUGUUGUCCGUUUGUAUAUUCUUGUCUCUUGGACCGUAUGCUGACAAACACACUGGUCCUCUGGUGGUCCUUUCAUCCUGGUGUGCUUCCUCCCUCAAGGAGGCUAGACUCUAAACUCCAUGAGAGCUAUGGACCAUCUUUCACUACACUGUUACCAGUGCCUAUUCCUAGCAGUCACUCAAUAAAAUCUUGCAGAUGAAUGAAUGAAUGAUAAAUGAAAAUAUUUGGUACUGGAUUUUGUUGGGACAAGAAAAUUUAACUUUCUGGUGUCUCACGCAUAUGGACGUCUUUAUGUGACUGGACUGGCAGACUCCAGGAAGAAAGACUUAAGGCUGCUCCUUCCAGCUACUCUGUUCUAAAUACUGUAACCUGAGUCCUUGGCCUUGGCUGCUCCCAGUUUUUCUCAAACCUCCAAGUUAACCCACAGUGUACAAAUUAGCCCCAGGGGCUCCCUUCUGAGUGCCCUGUAGGGGACAAGGGAUGGAGUUCGUGGGAAAGCGGCAGCUACUUCUGGCAUUUUGAAAACAACCUCAACCUUAGACCUUUAGGUUUGCUGCAUUCUCUACCCCACCCCCUCCCUCAUUCCUCCUCACCAUAAGGGCCUAGGCUGGGGAGAGCGAUUCAUGGAGGGGAAAAGGGCAACCCCCUCCCAGCCCCUAUAUAAGGUCUCAAUUCAGGACUCAGUUUGUCUAGAGAGAAAAUGGUCAGGUGUAUGUGUGUGUAGGGUAGGGUCGGGGGGACAGGUCCAAGGAGCAGGGGGAAAGCUAGGCGCGGGCGGAACCCUUGGGGAAGUCGUCCCACCUGCUGCGGGAGGAACCGCCGGGGAGGGGCCGCAGCCGCGUGCCCGCCGCCCACCCCGCCCCUGUCCGCAGCGCGGCCCUGCCACCCCGGAGUUCCCGCGAGUGGCCCCGUGCCCCAGCCGCGCGGGGGGCUGUUCGGUUGGAGGCGGGGAGCAGCCGGGGCACCAAAAUAGGAGCUGCUUGUGGGCUGGAGCUGCACUAGCAGGCAGCCUCCGCCGCGCCUCUUCCAAAGAUGGUCAGAGGGUCGGGAGGCUCCCCCGCCCACGCUCGCCGCUAGCCCGCGGGACCGCGCCGCGUCCCGGAGCUGCCGCCGGAGCCAUGGCUCUGAAAGGACAAGAAGAUUAUAUUUACCUUUUCAAGGAUUCAGCUCAUCCAGUGGAUUUUCUGGAUGCAUUCAGAACAUUUUACUUGGAUGGAUUAUUUACUGAUAUUACCCUUCAGUGUCCUUCAGGCAUAAUCUUCCAUUGUCACCGAGUUGUUUUAGCUGCUUGCAGCAAUUAUUUUAAGGCAAUGUUCACAGCUGACAUGAAAGAAAAAUUUAAAAAUAAAAUAAAAAUCUCUGGCAUCCACCAUGAUAUUUUGGAAGGCCUUGUAAAUUAUGCAUACACUUCCCAAAUUGAAAUAACUAAAAGAAAUGUUCAAAGCCUGCUUGAAGCAGCAGAUCUGCUACAGUUCCUUUCAGUAAAGAAAGCUUGUGAGCAGUUUUUGGUAAGGCAUCUGGAUAUUGAUAAUUGUAUUGGAAUGCACUCUUUUGCAGAAUUUCAUGUGUGUCCAGAACUAGAGAAGGAAUCUCGAAGAAUUCUGUGCUCAAGGUUUAAGGAAGUGUGGCAACAAGAAGAAUUUCUGGAAAUCAGUCUUGAAAAAUUUCUCUUUAUCUUGUCCAGAAAGAAUCUCAGUGUUUGGAAAGAGGAAGCUAUUAUAGAGCCAGUUAUUAAGUGGACUGCUCACGAUGUAGAAAAUCGAAUUGAAUGCCUAUAUAAUCUACUAAGCUAUGUCAACAUAGAUAUAGAUCCAAUGUAUUUAAAAACAGCCUUAGGUCUUCAAAGAAGCUGCCUAUUAACAGAAAAUAAGAUACGAUCUCUAAUAUACAAUGCUUUGAAUCCCAUGCAUAAAGAGAUUUCCCAGAGGUCCACAGCUACGAUGUAUAUCAUUGGAGGCUAUUACUGGCAUCCUUUAUCAGAGGUUCACAUAUGGGAUCCUUUGACAAAUGUUUGGAUCCAAGGAGCAGAAAUACCGGAUUAUACUAGGGAGAGCUAUGGGGUUACAUGUUUGGGACCCAACAUUUAUGUAACUGGGGGUUACAGGACAGAUAACAUAGAGGCUCUUGACACAGUGUGGAUAUAUAACAGUGAAAGUGAUGAAUGGACAGAAGGUUUGCCAAUGCUCAAUGCCAGGUACUACCACUGCGCAGUCACCUUGGGUGGCUGUGUCUAUGCUUUAGGUGGUUACAGGAAAGGGGCUCCAGCAGAAGAGGCCGAGUUCUAUGAUCCAUUAAAGGAGAAGUGGAUUCCUAUUGCAAAUAUGAUUAAAGGCGUGGGAAAUGCUACUGCCUGUGUCUUACAUGAAGUUAUCUACGUCAUUGGUGGCCACUGCGGAUACAGAGGAAGCUGCACCUAUGACAAGGUCCAGAGCUACAAUUCAGAUAUCAACGAAUGGAGCCUCAUCACCUCCAGUCCACAUCCAGAAUAUGGAUUGUGUUCAGUUCCAUUUGAAAAUAAGCUCUAUCUAGUUGGUGGACAAACUACCAUCACAGAAUGCUAUGACCCUGAACAAAACGAAUGGAGAGAGAUUGCUCCUAUGAUGGAGAGGAGGAUGGAGUGUGGUGCCGUCAUCAUGAAUGGAUGUAUUUAUGUCACUGGGGGCUACUCCUACUCAAAGGGAACAUAUCUUCAGAGCAUUGAGAAAUAUGAUCCAGAUCUUAACAAAUGGGAAAUAGUGGGUAAUCUUCCAAGUGCCAUGCGGUCCCACGGGUGCGUUUGUGUGUAUAAUGUCUGAUUAAAUCCACAGAAAUGACCAAGUAAUCACUGUUUCAGGGUGUAGUAAGCAAGAAUGGAGUCCCUUGUUAUGUGGACUGACACAUAAUAGGUAAAUUCUUAUUCCUAACCCCAACUACACCCCUACGCAGUGAUUAAUGGUCAAGAAAAAUCUUAUGUAUAUUUAGAGUUGAAUCAGUGGGGUUGACACAUAAUCACUCCUUAUCAGUGGUGAUUUGGUAAAAGGUGAAAUGCCUUUGUAGUCAAUUUUUCUCCUGGUAGCAUCAACACUGGGUAUAGAUCAGAAUCAUUCUGUGGAAUGAAAUGCCUCUUAUGGCCCUAUAGUGUAACAGACAGUGUACACUAAGGUUCUGUUUAGCAAGAAAUUUGAAAUAUAAGGAGGGAAUCUUCUCUACCUCUACAAAAUCAACACCUAAAUUUUUUUUCCACCUUUAGAAUUAUUUAGAAUGUGGACUUAAGUCUAGUUUUUUUUCCUUUGUACUGUGUAUAAUUUAUUGUUAUUAUUCUUUAUUUACUGACUGCCAGAGAUAUACAAAAUACUGUGCAAAAGAUUAUUACUAUUCAGAGUUUACAAACUAAAAGAAUGGCACAUCUGAAGAAUUGCAGAGAAAAUUGUUGAACAUUUGCUGUACCUAAGAGCUAUUGUUAAUUUUCAGCUUUGAUGUAAAUUGGUAGUUUAGAUGUCUUUAGUUUAAGCAUGUUAGAAAAUCCUCUUUAUUCAUAAGUAUAGAUACAUGUCUGCAUAAGAAAUUGAAUAUUAGAGCCAGAAAGCAUGUAGAACAGUUGUGAUAUAGUAGAAAAUACGUUGAUGAGAAGAAAUUUGAAUUCAUUUCUCAGCUCUGCCACUAACUAGAUUUUGUGACUUGGAUUGAAUCACUUAACCUCUCCUCAAUUAGAGCUCCCCUACCCGUGCACACUGGCACUUUGGGUCAGAGAUGUGUCUAGAUAAGGACCCUGCAACCCUUGGGGUAGCCAGAGGUGGCCUGGGUAGCUGGAGAUUCUGGGUCAGAAACAUCUUUGUCCAUUUUCUCCAGCGUGCCUGCCGUAUCACUUUCCACGUGUGCCAUAACUUGAGAAAAGUUAGGAAGCAUUGGUUAACUCAUCUGAAUUUUUAGUAAUCUGUUAGAUGCUCUACCCACACUCUUCAUUUUUUAAAAGAGACAAUAAUUAUCUUAACUUUAAAUAUUUUAAGUUUAAAACUUAACUAAAGCUUCUGUUUUUUUUUUUUAAUUUUAUAAAGAACCUGUUUAAUGCAUUCAUUUCAUAAGAGGUUUUUAAAAAAUUGAACCCUUUGGGAAUAUAAUAUGGUACUGCAUAGAAAAAGCCGUAAAAAUGACCAUAUCUUUGCCCCAUAAAUUUUACUCCUCAAUUUGUAACUUAAAGAAUAAUAUAAGAACAAAACAAACAAAAGGUAAAUGCAUGAGGUUAUGUCUGCAUUAUUUGUAAUAGCAGAAAACUGGAACAUGUCAAAGAAGAAAGUGGACUAAUAAAAACAGUGAAGUAUUAUACUGCUGUUAAAAUGAUUAUUUGGAGGACUGUGUAGAAACAUGGACAUGUCUGUGUUACGGUCAGUAAAACAAGCACAAUUCAAAAUGGUGUGCACACUAUGAUUGUGACUUUGUAAACUAUGCAUGUGGAAGGUACUAUGCAGAACUGAAAUUCAUUGUGUUAGUAUGGGGGGAUGUGGAAUGAUUUUUAAUUUAUUUAAAUGUUUUCCUUUAGUAUUACUUUGUAUUUUCAAUAAAAAUAAUAAAUCACUGCAUAUGUGGUAAAA